UCGAGCACGAUCUCUAUGUCCUGGAGCACGACUAGAGGGUGAUAUGUCGCCUGCUCAUCCAUACUUCGAUUGGUAUGAUAGGGUGACUUGGAGGUUCGUCGACCACACUUCGGCUUCACUUAUUAUUAUGGUUGCCAGUCACAAGAAGUUGUUGAAACUUUAUACAGUAGGCAGUCCUGAGUACAGGCAUAUUUCAGCUAUACUUAAGACAGUGGAACGCCUUCACCGUAUAACUGCUCGACUUCCGUUGGAAGAUAUCGAUGGGGCAAAUCCAGAAGCGCCAGAAGAUACUGGACGACCAAGCACGAGCUCAACUCGUGCCAGCCAUAGCCAUGGUCAGCGUGCUACAUCCCAUCAGGUUGUCAAUAGGGCAGAUCUCCCUCCACCCCCACGUGCAUCUCCUGCCCUAGAGUUCCCUCCACCUCCACAUGCAUCUCCUUCCCCAGAGAUCCCUCCACGUACUGCUCAUGCAGUUUCUGACCUAGAGAUCUCUCUACCCACUGCUCAUGCAUCUUUUCACCCCGAGAUCCCUUCACACACCUCACAUACAUUUUUUGAUCCUGCUCAUCUUUCAUUUACUCCACCAUCCUUUGAUCUCGGCCCUGAUUUCAGUCAAACCCCUCCUGUCAUGCACACGCAAUCCCUAUCAUACAGCAUUGACUGCAUAUAG